GAGUUGUAGUCCCAGCGUCGCCGGCGCGGCCGCCAUUGUCCGGCGGGCAGCGAGUCGCGCGAUCCCUGUGGCCCGGGUGGCUUUCGGGCUUAGGGUCGCCUCGGGCGCCUGUCCUUGACCUGUCGGUCCAGGAUGGACCCCGAGGAGGAAGCUGCAGCAUUGGCGAUGGCUGCGGGGCCGCUGGCGGAACGGCUUCAGGAGCCGGUGACCUUCCGGGACGUGGCUGUGGACUUCACCCAGGAGGAGUGGGGGCAGCUGGGCCCCGCCCAGAGGACGCUGUACCGGGACGUGAUGCUGGAGACCUUCGGGCACCUGCUGUCUGUGGGACCUGAGCUUCCCAAACCCGAAGUCAUCUCCCAGCUGGAGCAAGGGGCUGAGCUGUGGGUGGCGGAGAGAGGGAUCGCCCGGGGCAGCUGUGCAGGCUGGGAGACUGGACCCAUAGGCCAAGCAGCACCCAUGGAACAGGGCCUCCCUGAGCAGGUGCCGUCCCCAGUCACGGAGAGGGAAGGUUUCCCCAGGGAUGCCCCCCGUCCCGCCACACCAGGGGAAGGCCGGGACUGUGGGGGCCAGGUCAAGGCGCCCGAGGAGGACCAGGAAAACUCGAGGCCAUUGGAAUUUUGCCUGGAGGAAGCACCAGUUCAGGACGGAAGCCACGAACGUCUCAGGCUUGGGGCAAACCGUGUCCUGAGUUCAAAGCUCAGUCCGUUCCCGGAGGUUGUUAGACGAGACGAUUCGUGCACCGAGGACUCGCCGGUUCCAGAUUCGGAAGGUAGCUCCAGCGUGGUGAGCCCGCAGGCGGGCGACAGCGGCGACUGCAGCCGGGCUUCGGGCCAGGCCCUUGCGCCUCCGGAGCCCGCCCGGGGCCCGGUGCAGGAGAAGCCGUACAAGUGCGCCGACUGCGGCAAGUCGUUUAACCACAACGCGCACCUCACGGUGCACAAGCGGAUCCACACGGGCGAGAGGCCGUACAUGUGCAAGGAGUGCGGGAAGGCCUUCAGCCAGAACUCGUCGCUGGUGCAGCACGAGCGGAUCCACACGGGGGACAAGCCCUACAAGUGCGCCGAGUGCGGCAAGUCCUUCUGCCACAGCACGCACCUCACGGUGCACCGCAGGAUCCACACCGGCGAGAAGCCAUACGAGUGCCAGGACUGCGGGCGGGCCUUCAACCAGAACUCGUCGCUGGGCCGGCACCGGCGCACGCACACCGGCGAGAAGCCGUACUCGUGCAGCGUGUGCGGGAAGGCCUUCUCGCGGACCACCUGCCUGUUCCUGCACCUGCGGACGCACACGGAGGAGCGGCCCUACGAGUGCAACCACUGUGGCAAGGGCUUCCGCCACAGCUCGUCCCUGGCGCAGCACCAGCGCAAGCACGCCGGCGAGAAGGCCUACGAGUGCCGCCAGAGGCUGGUCUUCGAGCAGACGGCCGCGCUGAGCAGGCGCGCCGAGCACCCCGCGGGUGGGACGAAGGCGGGACAGCCGGCGGGCAGGGCGCUCGCUCUGUUCGACAUCCACGAGAUCAUGCAAGAGAAAAGCCCUGUGCACGUCAUCGGGGUCGAGGAACCUUCCGUGGGCACCUCCGUGCUCUUCGACGUCACGGAUUCCCCAUAGGGGAGGUCUGCAGGUGACUCUGAACUGCAGGUGUAGACACUUGGUAAGUGCACACGGGCUGUUCACGGAAAGGGCGCCUGGGGGUAGACGUGCCCAAGGCGACCUCGGAUUUCCCAAGAAAAGGUGCUUCCCAAACCCCUGAGAUCGGGGGUCCUCGGCUCUAUCGAGCACAGGUGUUUUGCACUGUUCCCUCUGUGACCCCAAAAGUGAAUUCGCAGGUAGUAUAACCUACGCAUGUGUGUAAUGUGAAAAUAAUCAAUACGCAGCCCGUUUCCUAAAGGAUCAUCAAAACAAAAGUAGCUCGUGAUCACGUGUACCGAGCUGGUUCGGGAUCUCUGCCUGUGACUUCAGGCCGUGACCCCGGGGACCUGCGCGCUGCCUGUCGCUUGCCCUCUGGCACGUGAGGUGUCACAUUGGCCACAGAAAUGUGGGGGGCCUUCCUGUAUUCCGAGCCCACUUAGUUCCCAACCACAUGUCAGCCACACUUGUGCCCGAAUCAAAUGACCAGCCCCGUGAAAUUCCACAGCACUCCCUAGGGAUGUCACGGCUUAUGUAGAAAACCAUUAGCUUGAAACAGCCAGCGUCGCUAUAAGCCUGAGGUCUCAAUUCAAGGGUGGUUUCGUCCCCCAGGAGACAUUUUUGGUUGUCACGACUGGUGGAAGGGAGGGAUGCUCCUGGCAUGUACUGGGUGUAGGCCAGGGAAGCCGCUAAGCAUCCCGCGAUGCCCACGACAGCCCCGUGAGAGCCCUGGGCCCGUACAUGCCGGGAGGAACACCGUGCCCAGCACGACAGCCGACGUCUUCCAGACUUUAAAUAAAUUGGCUGAUCAGGCCUGUACCGACAAUCGUAGACACUUGAUUUGAGGGAAUGAUAUCUCGAGUUUAUGCACAGUGUGGUUUUUAGUCAUUUUUUUUUCACUGUUUUGUAGCGUUCCUGAUCGGUGUGGAGAGAGGAAGAGAAUCCACUUAUUUUUCUGAGUAGUCUAAAUUUUAGCCUUUUAUCAUGGCCGUUAAAACGCGGACAGUAUAUUUUCGCCGGCACCCUCCCUGCCACAUGUUAUGUUCACAUCGGUCCCAGAACUCAUGCUAUCUCAGCCGUGUUUCUGAAUUUAGCUCUAAACACAAGGACUUUUGAAUCGACAGGCCUCCCUCUUUCUUUUUCAGUCUUAUUUGCUCUGGGGAAAAAAACGGGUUAAGCUAAGUUUUGUCCCCAUCUCCGGCUUGCCCAUGAGACCCUCCUUGAUCUGGCCCGGUGGAACGACCUCUGGUUUGGCAUCACGCCGCCGGACUGUGCCGAGGGGUCCUGUGAAUGUGUGAUUCUCACCGUUCUCGGUCAUCUUUUCAUGUCAUACGGUGUCUCUGCCGGAGGUCUCCGCUGUCAGUGCCAGGAAAAGCCAGCCCUCGGAGAAAAGGUUUGUCUCUACAGUGCAGGGCAGGCUGUGUGCGUUCUAACGUCCACAGUUCCGAACUUGCCUCCAUUCGUCUCACUGCUUUCCUCCAAAGCAAAGCGUUUUGGCCUUUGUCCAUGCCAUUCUUGACAUAAAGAACAUUGUGAUCGCGGUGUGACCCUUGGCGUCUGACAGCGCAUGGUGUAUAUAGACCAAGGAGUCAGGCCACCUGCUUUCCAACCGAAAAUGAAAUGCACGUCCCCUGGGACACUAAGUCACAUGCUUCGUUAUACAGAACAGUUGCCUUUUCGCGUUCAUUUCCUGUCCCAAUGCAGUUGCGUUCUAGCGAAGUUAGAUCUGUACCGUAAACGUCAGAGGUGGGAAGGAAGGGACAUUGACCACGGCACCGCUCAGCUCGUAGAAAUGGCUCCCUGAAAACGUCCUGCAGGAGGGGUGGUGGGUCGGCAGAGAGUAGAGUCGGACAGAAGAAAUCACUUCUUGGAAAAAUACAGCAGCAGUUUCUGACGGCUGCGUUGGAGUGAUUGAGCAUGGGAACUCAGUGCCAGGUGUCACGUUGAGUGUCAGAACUGUCACAGCUUCUCGUGUCCAUUUUUGUUCUUCGGAUGCUGUGAAUGUCACAGUGGAUGGGGUUUCCGUGGUAACAGAGCUGGCUUUGCUGCCCAUCUCUGGAGGUUUUGUCUACAAGGUCCUCUCAAAGAGGUGUGUCGCUCUCCACUCACCUUUCGUCCGGGGUCCUUGCACGUCUCCCUCGUCCACUGUCAUUUUUCACCGCUUGUCCUCACACUUCGGCCUGCACCGCCUUCCAUCUCAUUGGUGACAUGUACCCUUUCACCGACAUGGCUUAGAAAAGGCAUGUUUUCGAGCAGACAGGGCCUCAGUGCUGGAUUCGUGAGGUAGCGCCGUUCUACGUGUGAGGACAAGGCACAGGGCAGAAAUCAGUAAGUAGAACAGAGUGACUGUCCCGAGGUGGAGGCGGAAUUUAAAGUCAACACCCGGCUAAGGUGGCUUUGAACAAAUUCGGUUUUCUUCAAAGGCUGUCCCUCCAGCACCUCAGCGACGUCACAGGCAGUGUUUUCUGCAGCUCUCUCAAGCAAUGAGACGGCUGUGGCUUCGGCCAUUACGUCCAAAUCAAGACUGGGAGACGGGCCGGCCCCCGCUCAUCUCUGAUGCCCGCUUAGGUCUCAGGGGCCAAGUCGGGGUCACAGGCCCAGCCCUAAUGAUGAGGGGGCUUGGAAAACUACUGCGUACCCGCAGAAAAGGCCUUGGGAGUGGGUCGUGCUAGGCGGCCCCAGCGUCUGUCCCCUUUCUCCUCCAGUCUCACGGCAGCCCCGUUUCCUUAACCAGGUACUGCUGCCGCUCGGCCUGUCCCUUCGUCUCCUGGACCGUCCAGCCUGCUGGCCGGGCCUUCCUCGCAUCUCCUGGGCCCCUGGCAUUCUGGGAUCUGCCACUUCCUGAGGGCCUUCCUGUCCCCUCACCUCUUACUUGUUGGGUCCCUAGGACAGUGGCCAGGGGACUCCUGCUGUGCUCCACAGCCUCCCCGGAUGUCCUCGUCUACACCCACGGCUUUGCGCUACUCACUCCCAGAUCUUGGCCUCCAGCGCCAUGUUCUGAGCUUCAGGUGGAGCAGCAGUGUGUGCUGCCGGGCACGCAAACCCGCCCUCCUGUCCCCGGUCCCUUUCACGGGGCCCGUGGCCCCCAGUGUUCCAUCCCCAAAGCCAGCGGGUAGAUGCUCCGUUGGCCUCUGUCACCUCCCUUUGCAUGUCUGCCUCUCGGUGGGCCUGGCUCUACCGAUCUCACCACCUAAGCAUCUCAGUUCUUCGCUUCAUCCUGGACAGCCCCGAGGGCAAGUGGCAUGUCACCAAGGGACCCAGCCACGAGAGCCCCACUUUUGACAGUUUCUUCUUACCGUUCCUUCAGUGGUUCCGGCUGUGGAUUCAGGAAUGCUCCAGCUGCCAGUGCUUUCUGGGGAGGGGGCACCCCGCUGGGACUUCAUGGCCUUCGUGGCUCUGGAAGCCAGGCCUGAGAUUGCCCAGUUCCCUCCACCUUGACCCCAAAAUUGCAACUCCUGAAGGGUCACAUUUCCACAGUUGUCAGAGCGAACACCGCGUGGGCUGAGGUUACAGUGGCCUCAUCGGGCAGGCCAGGAGCCGGCUCAUCACCGUCGGCACUCGCCUCCCUCUCUGGGGCAGCAGAGAGCUGUGCAAAUUUUCCAUUUCUCAUUCCAGGUCAUGUUUUCCAGACAUAAUGUCCCUGCCGGUUUCCUUGUAGAUAUCCGAAACAGACGAGAAACUCCUCAGGGGAAAUUACUGUAAACUAGUGAAAUACAUGGUUUUAUUGAUUUCUAAAAGUCAUGCAAAUUGUUUGUAGCAAAACCUGGAAAAUGCACAAAAGUUAAAGAAUACACAAGAGUGUGAAAAUUUACUUAAAAUUUAAUUCUUCAUAUUUCCACCGUCCAGAGAUGGUCAUUACCAUUACACUUUUGUUAAUUGUCCUUGGAGUUUUUUCUUAAUAGUAUACGUGUGUACACAUACAUUGUAACACGAAAUCUUACACACACAAAAUAUAGAUGUAUGCGUGCUCGUCUUCUGUUUGGAAAAUCGGACUCCCUCCUAGUUCCCUUGUAACACGUGCUUCUUACUAUAUUUUGAGCAUUUUCCUCUGAUAGUGACUUUCACGUAGCUUCGUGAAUUACCUUUCAGGAAGAUCACAGCACUGCGCCUGCCACCCAGCGUUUACCAGCCUUGACUUUUAUCCGAAAGGCAGGGGAGGUACUGCACUGUCCGGGGGCAGGAUGAUGGACGCGGUCUCUGCGAAGGGCAGGUUGUCAGUUGCUCUCUCAGUUACAAACGCACAGACCCUCCGUCUCAGCGAACCUGCCGCUCGGAGUGAACCGUGCAGGUGUACGUGUACGCGUGCACUGUUUGUACGUGGUUCUCACUAUGGUACUGAUUUCAAAAGUAAAAGUUUGGAACCAACCUCAGUGUCCACCAUGGCACUAGCUCAGUGAUUUAUGGUGUGGAACGGAGAACUAUGCAGCCUUCACCAUGGGGACUGUCUUUAUGUACUCACGUGGGAAGAGCUCCAAGGUACAGUGUUAAGUGGAAAGGUGUAAACAGUGUGUAGAGUAUGUUUCCCGUUUGUGUAAGGAGGAAACAUUUGCUUACACACACAUACACACACACACACACACCCUCUGAAAGAGUACAAACUAACCAGUUACUCUUAGGAGAAAUGGGAAAAUGGAUGAGGAAUAAUUUUCACUUUAUAUCUUUUGAUACUUUUGGAAUUUUGAAACAUGUAAAAGUACUACCAAUGCAAAAAAUAAAUUAAAAAUGUCAACUCUUUGAAAAUCAAA